ACAAACGACACAGACAGUACAACGCCAGUCACCAAGGUCACAAACCCGGAAUGGCCGAAGCUUGGCGAAAUAUCCUUGGAAAACUUAGGUCUACUGAAUCGUUUGACAACCGCUGCAAGCAUUGUAUGUCGUCGUCCGACAAGUGAAAGUUCCCCGGUUCACUCAACCGGUUCUGUGGAGAUUCCUUUUGAUUCCUUUUUCUCUGCCACCGGUUCUGCAAUGACUGCUAGAGAAGAAGCCGAAGAAUCCAAGGAAGCUCAGCUCGGUCUCCUUCGUGCUUUGUCGAACAGUGAGUUUGAUGAGACGACGUCGUCGAGACCGGUGACUCGUGCCACGCGGCCAAGUGAAGAUGCGGCAUCUGCCCGAGAUCCGUCGACUUCAGAAUUACUUGCCAUGGCUGCUGUCACCUUGGCGCAAUCAUUCGAACGUGGGGCCGACACCCUUGACUGUUCCGACAAACUGGUGCCGUGUCAAAGUCGGGCUGGACGUCUUCGGGGGAAGUGGUAG